AUGAUUGGAAAAAAUGCCGGUUAUCAUGUGUGGACGGAUGACGUUAGUUUGGAAUCGGAUCUAAUGAAAAUUAUCCGCACAGCGCGGAAACUGCCAGAGAAGACUUCGGUAUUUUUUAGAGAACUGAAUCGUAUUAGGAAGAAUGCGCUAGGUUACGGCUUUGAUAGCUUGCUUUCGGGGCUCGUGAUGGCAUUGGAGCGCGAAGCUGCAUCUCAUCAUUCUGACGCUGCAGUGCAGUUGAAUCAUGCCGCAAUGUGUCUUCGUGAGGACCCUUACGCGAUUGUAGCACCAUUGCCCGUGAACACGACGACCACGAAAUUGUGUCGCAAUGAGUGGAACCUCACCGGGCUUUGCUCAAGAAAAAGUUGUCCCUUGGCCAAUAGUCAGUAUGCGACAGUAAGAGAAGAGGAGGGCAUGGUCUAUCUCUACAUGAAAACUGCGGAGAGGAAGAAGAUUGUUCCACUACAAAGGAAGAUUGAAAGGCGCGAGCGACGACGUGAGGAAAAAGCGCUGAUCGCAGCCAAAUUGGACAACGCAAUUGAGAAAGAACUACUCGAGAGAUUGCGCAAAGGAGUGUACGGAGGCAUUUACAACUUCCCACAAGCUGCGUUUGACAAAGCCCUUGAAGUCGAAGCUGUGGAAGAAGACGUGGAAUACGUGACCGACGAGGAGGAGAGAGAAAGUGAGUCGGAAGCAGAAGCAACGGACGAGGAAGAAGAAGAAGAAGCGGAAGGAGUUGGAGAGCGGGUUUUUGUAGCUGCGGACGAGUUUGAUGAGAGUGAUGUUUCUGAUAUUGAAAAACCAAAGAUUAUGCCUCCAAGCAAGACUCAUCACAACGGAGCAAAAGGACGCAAGUCUGCCAAGAAGAUACGUCUAAGUUUGGACAAUGCUCUCGACGACGAUAUCGACGAUGCAAAAACACCCUCUCUGCGUGUUUUGCUUCACGCUGCAUUGAGAGACAAUGCGAAAAUCGAGAUCCGUGCGAGUGAAUCAUAA